UAAGAGAAGUUUUUGCUUUUUGGGCUCAUUUUGUACAAUUUUCCUAAUCCCUUGACCACCCGACGCCGCCAGUAGAUGAAUAUUUAUGGGUGACUGGAGACGAGAUCGAUACUGAUUACUGUGUCCCUUCCCUUGUUUUGUGUGUGAGAGAUUUUUGACAAUGGCGCUUCGAAUUCUAUGCAGGAAAAACCUAAAGCCAACAAUUUCUGGAGCGUUAGGGUCUGGCCAUUUCCGCGGCCUGCAGACCUUCUCCUUGCCUGACCUCCCUUAUGACUAUGGCGCUCUUGAGCCCGUCAUCAACGCCGAAAUUAUGCAGCUUCACCAUCAGAAGCACCAUCAAGCCUACAUCACCAACUACAACAAGGCUCUUGAGCAACUUCACGAGGCUAUUAUAAAAGGCCACACCUCCACCGUUGUCAAAUUGCAGAGUGCUAUCAAAUUCAACGGCGGAGGUCACAUCAAUCAUUCGAUUUUUUGGAAUAAUCUGGCCCCAAUUCAUGAAGGGGGUGGUGAGCCUCCAAAGGGAUCUCUAGGAUGGGCAAUCGACUCCCAGUUUGGUUCUCUUGAAGCGUUGAUUCAGAGAGUUAACGCAGAAGGUGCUGCUUUACAGGGCUCUGGAUGGGUGUGGCUUGCUCUGGAUAAAGAACUGAAGAAGCUAUCGGUUGAAACCACGGCCAAUCAGGAUCCACUUGUGACUAAAGGAGCUGCUUUAGUGCCUCUGCUUGGAAUAGAUGUUUGGGAGCAUGCAUAUUAUUUGCAGUACAAAAAUGUGAGGCCAGACUAUCUGAAGAACAUAUGGAAGGUUAUAAAUUGGAAAUAUGCGAGUGACAUUUUUGCAAAAGAAGCUCCCCUGGUGGAGAGUCGUUAAGAGUCCCUUGGGUCCCUUUGUUGAACUUUCUGUAAGUUGCUUGUGUUGCGGUGAACAUUUGAAUAAUGAACAUCCUUGUAUGCAUGGAUGUUCAAGCCUUGUAAUGAGUUGAAAUGUAUCUUUUGUCAAAGUACUUUGUUUAGCAAGAUGAUGAAUGCAUGAAGCCACGAGGGUUUCGUUUUCCCAGUUA